UAAUAUUACAUAAGAAAUUGCAUAUUAGCCGACGUUUGUGACACCGAUCUCUACCAAAGCUUAGGAAAAAUUUGCUGAAGGCCAAAGGGAGUCUGCUGCUGCUGCUGUUGAGUGCUGAUCUGUUACUCCUUUGUGCCAGGAUGCUGAGUCGCGCCCUGAGCCAUGCCAGCCGGCGGUGUGUGGCCAUGCAGCGCUUCCACACGACAGCCAGUGUGCGGCAGCAGAAUAUUGCCGCUCAGCAUGAUGGAGUGGCUGCGUUCCGCCCUGCACCACUCACUGUGCUCUCGGAGGACGAGGAAAUGAUGAGAGAAACAGUGGCCAAAUUUGCAAGUGAACAGAUUGCACCCGUGGUCAGCAAGAUGGACACUGAGGGCUGCAUUGAUGAGAAAGUUUUCAAAGGCUUAUUUGAUAACGGGUUCAUGGGAGUGGAAAUAGAGACUGAGUAUGGCGGAUGUGGCUCCACUUUCUUUGUGGCAAAUCUGGUGGUGGAGGAGCUGGCCAAAGUGGACCCAGCUGUCAGUGUUACCUGUGACAUCCAGAACACCCUUAUCAACACGCUCUUUAGGAAGCUUGGCACAGAGGAACAGAAACAGAAAUACUUGCCAAAGCUUUCCAACGAAUAUACAGGAAGUUUCUGCCUCUCGGAAACAGAGUCUGGAUCUGAUGCCUUCUCCCUCAAGACCACAGCAGUGAAGGAUGGCAGUAAUUACAUCAUUAAUGGCUCUAAGAUGUGGAUAUCCUCCGCUCCUCAGUCUGGAGUGUUCCUGGUCAUGGCCAAUGCAAACCCCUCUGCUAGCUACAAAGGCAUCACCUGCUUCAUUGUUGACGCUCAAACCCCCGGCCUCAGUGUGGGCAAGAAGGAGGACAAACUGGGCCUAAGGGCAUCCAACACCUGUGCCGUCCAUUUUGACAAUGUUGUGGUGCCAGAGGAGAACAUUCUUGGUACCUUUGGACACGGCUAUAAGUAUGCCAUAGAGAUGCUGAAUGAGGGGCGUAUUGGCAUUGGGGCUCAGAUGGUGGGUCUGGCACAGGGCUGCCUUGAUGCCACUGUUCCAUACAUACUCCAGAGGAAGCAGUUUGGAAAGAGCCUCUUUGAGUUUCAAGCAAUGCAACAUGCAGUGGCUUACCUUGCUACUGAGAUAGAGGCUGCCCGCUUGCUGGUGUACAACGCUGCAAGGCUGAGGGAGAGCAACCAGCCAUUCAUCAAACAAGCUGCUAUGUGCAAGCUCUACAGCUCAGAAGUAGCCACUCGAGUAACUUCAAAGUGCAUAGAGCUCAUGGGAGGUGUUGGCUUCACUAAGGAUUACCCAGUGGAGAAGUUUUACCGGGACUGCAAGAUUGGUACCAUUUACGAAGGCACAUCUCACAUCCAGCUGAAUACCAUUGCAAAGCUCAUCGGACAGGAAUAUACCUCUUAGUUCUCCAUAGAUUUGCCAAGAGGGAAAUGGUGAAAUAGAAACUUGAAUUAUUUAGUUCUACAAGAUUAACUACUUAGAAUUUUGUAGAUACCUUGUGAUAUUAGUGAUUUAUUGCUUUCUCCAUUAACAAGAUACUUGGUAGAUUGGUGUAUGGCAGGCUGAUGUGUAAUGGUAAGUAGUGUGUGUGUAGCCAUGGCUGCAAUAUGUGGGCAUGAAGGUGAUAUACAUGAAUUUUUGUGCGUAAAUAUUGUUUGUAUGAUGUCCUAGAUUGAGAAUGUUCCCUAGACCACUAUGUUUUAUGCAGUGUGAUGCUCUCAUUUUUCUUCAAUGGGAAACUUAUCGCAGUAUUAAAAGAUUCUCAGUCACAAGCUACCGAACAGUUUAAUGGAAUUCGACUGUAUUAGAUUUUGCCUAAGGUAUGAAAUGUAGUGUUCAGGGUUCUAGUCACCUUAUUAUUCAUACUUCGCAAGCGAACCACUUUAGUUUUGUGGUCUAUGAAGUAAGAUAGCAAAAUAUAACUCAUAGUAUAUAGAUUAUUUUUAUAUCUGUACAUAUAUUCUGAGAGGUUUUAGUUGUUUAGUUAAGUGGGUUGUCUUUUUCUUUUAAGUUCAUCAGUCUGUCUAAUGCUUCUCUUUCCAUUUAAUUUAACUAAUCUACGUACAUGCACUUCUUUUCAUCAAUUCCACCACCUCAGACUACUCAUUUUCACAACUUCCCAAGCCAUGAUGGACAAAAAUAUGUCAAAUUUUUUGCACAAGAUUUUCAGUUAUACAUACCAAGCUUUCUAGAGAGGUUGUAUGUGGUUCCAGAGGAGUGGCAUUGUCACGCCUUUACUGAAAAAGUGCUACAGGUCGUAAACAGUGUAAAAUACCUUUCUUUUGUGUAAUGCAACAGUGUACCAGAAGCAAUGUACUCUGAUUUCUGAGCGGUAAAGAGAAGAAGGGGUUUAUGUAGAUGUGAUCCUGCCGGUGGUUGGAUAUAAGAGUUGCUUAUCAGAUCUAAUUCAUAAUUUCUGUAAUUGUAGCCUCAGCAUUGGUGUAUGUGUGGUUGCAGGUGUGUGGUGUGUGUACCUUGGCUGCUUCCCUGUGUAGAGACAUCAUUAGGAUAUUGAAACACUGCAGAGACUCAAACAUAGUAUGGCCAACUCCCGCCACUAAGGAAACAGCAAAGGAGAAAAAUUUUAGGAUAUUGAGAAUACUAUGAAAAAAAACAGAAUGUAUUAAGAUAUAGAAGCAGAUUACAUUCUUCAUGGUGAUGACUUGCCACUCCCUGUAUGCACUCAGGUGGGUCCUAAUGCUAUAAUGCCUCAAAUUAUCACCAAUGAACUGCCAGUUUUCCAAGUUUAGUCCACUGUGUUUCUUUCAACUUCUUGUGUAGAAUUUAGUCAUCCUUUGUGAUUAUACAGUGCCAUAUGACCAUGCUAUUGUGACACUGUAACUGAGUCAAUUUACAGUUUUCCAUUAUGUCUGUUAGAUAUGGGAUUUGGCAUAGUUCAGGUAACAAAGUCUGUUUAUAUUUUGUCUUACGGUACCUCAAAGCAAAUCCUCAAGAUUAUUGCUGUGUCUUUCCACAAAUUCAUAUUAGUGUUGCUGGCAGUUUUCAAGUGAAUAUGUAAAAAGGGAAAAAGUCUGAAUAUGGAAACUUUCAUAAUUUUGGAAUAUGAAUAAACUAACCAAGAACA